AUGGUUUUGCAGCAACAAUAUCGCGAAAGAGGCUUCCAGAAAUAUUCUGAGCUGAUCACCUGUGCAAAUCCAUUUCCAGAGGCAAAUGCAAUACAGCCGGAAAAUCCGGUGCGUGGUCGUGGGCAAGUCAGAAAUCAGCGAAUUGAUGGCGAUCGAAAUCAGAAUCGCGGACGGGGCGGGGCAAACGCAUACAGUCACAAUAAUUAUCAAAACAGGCCCCGAUAUGUGCCAAAUCGACGUUAUAAUGGCAGAAGGCCGUACAGACCUCAACAGAGGAUCAACACCGGGAGAAACAGAAACAAUGAUGAGGAAUGCACCCAGUGUGGAAUCAAAGGCCAUUGGGCCCAUGUUUGUCGCACAGCCAGUCACUUGGCUGAACUGUAUCGGGCCUCAAAAGAAAGACAGGGAAGAAUUGCCCCCGAAACAAAUCACGUUGCCCACGAUGACACAUUUGACGAUGUGAUGAAUGAAAAUAUCGCGCACCUGGAUGCCGAUGAUCUGCUUGACAUAGCUGGUGAUGUUAAAUGA